AUGGUCAUUACUGCUUUCCUCGGAUAUGUCCUACCAUUUGGACAAAUGUCACUUUGGGGUGGCCAUGAAAGCCCCACAUGUAUGUCUCUGCCUUUCAUUAUGCCACGUACUAAGGCUACAAACCGUAUUGGUCCGCACAAUAUUGACGUUUUAUCUGUUAUCUUCGGGUCUCUACUAGGUGAUUCUCAUGCGGAGAGGCAUGGGAAUGGGGUUCGUAUAUCUUUCCAGCAGGAGAGUUCCAAUGUUGAGUAUCUUAUGAUGUUCUGGCGUUUUCUCUCUGAUAGAGGGUAUUGCUCCACUAAAAAGCCAAAGUUACUGAUUCGCACCGCAAAGGCCGGUCAACUUAGAUACUACUUUAAGGUACACUCUUGGACUUUCUCUAGCUUUAUUUGGAUUCACUCAAUCUUCUACAAGGAUGGUGUGAAGAUUGUCCCAGAUUGUAUUGGAGACUAUUUCACUCCCUUGGCUCUUGCUGUCUGGAUUAAAGAUGCUAUGUCUUACGGAUUGAAGCUGGCUACCCACAAUUUCAGCUAUAACGAUGUCCUUUUUCUCUGCUCCGUUCUUAAGGAUAAAUACGAUAUUGUAGCUACUCCUAAUAGAAAUCGUGACCAGUGGACUAUUUACAUCCAUUCUGAGUCUAUGCCUAUUCUUCGUGAGACUGGUGCAACUUACACUAGGAAACCAGUUUUGAGGAUAUGCGAUAUCGGCGUUAACGGUCAAUACCGCCUCUCUUUGCGCCAAGACCGUCAGUUAAGUGUAUGA